AGCACCAUGGAGAGCGGCGCCGAGGGGCGCCUGGACGCCGCCGCCUUCCUCGGGGCCUGGCGGCACUUCGACGCCGACGACAACGGUUACAUAGAAGGCAAGGAACUUGACAACUUUUUUCAUCACCUCCUGGAGAAACUGGGACCAGAAAACACCAUCACAGAAGAAAAAGUUCAGAGGAUGAAGGAGCAAUUCAUGUCUGUCUACGAUGUCACCACAGAUGGACGCUUGCAAAUCCAGGAGCUUGCCAAUAUGAUCUUGCCUGAUGAUGAGAAUUUUCUACUGCUUUUCCGACGGGAAACUCCCUUGGACAACAGUGUGGAAUUCAUGCGGAUCUGGCGCAGUUACGAUGCUGACAGCAGUGGAUUUAUUUCAGCUGGUGAGCUCAAAGAUUUCCUGCGAGAUCUCUUUUUGCAGCAUAACAAGGUGGUCGCUGAAAUGAAGCUGGAAGAAUAUACUGAUACCAUGAUGAAAAUCUUUGACAAAAAUAAAGAUGGACGGCUGGACCUGAAUGACCUGGCAAGGAUUCUGGCGCUCCAGGAAAAUUUUCUUCUACAAUUUAAAAUGGAUGCUUGCAGCACAGAAGAAAGGAGAAGAGAUUUUGAGAAGAUCUUUGCACAUUAUGAUGUUAGUAAAACGGGAGCACUUGAAGGCCCAGAAGUGGAUGGGUUUGUCAAAGACAUGAUGGAACUGGUCAAGCCCAGCAUUAGCGGGGUGGACCUGGACAAGUUCCGCCAGAUCCUGCUCAACCACUGCGAUGUGAACAAGGAUGGGAAAAUUCAGAAAUCUGAACUAGCUUUGUGUCUUGGGCUGAAAAUUAACCCAUAGUUGGGAAAGUGCUCGUGGUUGUGUUUCCCUUGUAAGAUUUGGCUGCUGCUCCUUGUAGAAGUGUGUCUGUGCUGCCGUGUGAGCAGUGGGGAGCCAUGGCACUGUGCUGCUGGGCUGAAGAGUGGGAUUUGCAUGGGGGCUUCCUCACUCCACCAACUCCUUUGUGAUUUUCACUCAAUGCUGCCACUUAUGGGUCCCCUUAGCAAUGUCUCUGCCCACCAUCAGACCAGCUGCUCAGAAAGCUGUUCUUCUUCUGCCCUUAUGAAACGCUGCCCUGCCCAUUCCCAGCAUCUCCUCCAAAAUGUCCCAUCAUUGCUCCCAGAGUGCAGUUAAUUGAUGCUUCUGUUGGUUGCCUUAUACGUGUGAAAUUAUUUGUUGGGUGAACCUUGUGCUUUGUGCGUUUAAAAUAUUGGAUGGAUGACAGUGUAUUUGUGCAGAAAUAAAAUGACAAUUGCAGAAGUUCAGUAAGACCGAAGUUUAUGUGUUACGUACAGAAAGCCAUCUGCUGCAGGCUGGCAGACUACACAGUAGCCUUUUGUGUAAAAUGCGCCAAAUGGCAGGAUGUUUUGGGAUCCUUAUAAACUGUGGUGUUUAAAUCCAUCAGACAAUGAAACAUGGUAGAUCCUUCCCAUGGGGAAACCACACACAUCAGAUAAUAAUGUGAUCUUCAGGAUGGAGCCACUGAGUAACGUCACUUCUGGAGGACACUUCUGACCCAAACUGAAAUAACAUAAAAGGUUUCUGUAAACUGGAAAACAGGAAGGACAGAAGCCUAAUGAGAGCAAAGGUCCUAUACAUGCUUGCUGU